AUGAGUUCAGUAGCUUUAUCUGUUUUAACACUUACUCUUGGUAUGUUUUUUAUACUGAUCGGUCAAUUUAAAGUUACACCAAAAUAUUUUCCUGAUAUACAUGAAGAUAUGAGACGAGAAUUUGGACGUAUUAAUAAAGUAUUUCCAUUGUAUCAAAUAACUAAUUGGCGUCCAUAUGCUAAAAACUAUCGAAUGACUAUUGGAAUUCUUGAAAUUGUUUGUGGAGCUGUUCUAGUUCUUAUACCAGGUCGACUUAAACAAAUCGCAAAUACUAUUCUUUUAAUGUUAAUGUUAGGUGCAGUUUAUACUCAUUAUACUUUACAUGAUAAAUUUGAUCGUAUGGCACCUGGCAUUAUCUUUAGUUUACUUUUAUCGACUCGUCUGAUUAUUUAUUGGCAAGGAAAAUAUGCACAUUUGAAUAUACUCAAUCAGAAACAGCCAUAUGAAUCGAAGAAGAAAAUUCAAAUUGAAGAAGAUGAAAAUACACAAGAAUCUAUUGAUGAAGAAACGGAUGAAAAGAAAAAAGAUUAA